AUGGACGGCUUGGCCCCAUCGACGCUCUACACUGUGGAGGUGAGGGGCGCCAAACUCCUGGUCGACCGAUGCAGCUUCCGCACGCUGCCGGCUGGUGGCUUCAGGUUGGGAGAGGGCGGAGGCGGUCGUUCACCCUGCUUCGCCGUCGCCAGCUGCAACUGUGUCUACGAGACCAGGAAGCGAGGUGCCUCGAGACAAGACCUCUGGGCAGACCUGAAGGAGCGGCUCGAAUCGGGCGUGCAACCCGUGGACUACAUGCUUCAUCUAGGCGACAAUGUAUAUAUGGACAGCGACUGGCAUCUCAUUGAGUCGGGCAGCAUGGAACUUGAGGAGACUGAGGACGACUGCAAAUGGGGAGUUGCUCGGGACUGGCUCCUGAAGCUGAACGACCCGUCAAAGUGGAGCCAGCACGAAAAGGAGAUCGAGGAGCACUUCCGGAACGUUUACCGCGAGACUUGGGGUCAUCCCCCCACGCGGUGGGUUUUGGCCAACGUGCCAAACCUGAUGAUUCUUGAUGAUCACGAUAUCCGUGAUGAUUGGGGAGACCGGCCGGAGGACAAGCAAAGCGAGUCCGUCGACAGGUUUUUGGGUGAAAUCGCCUACCGCAUCUUCAACUCCUACCAGCGCCUUCUGCACGAGGAUCCUGUGCAGCGGCCAGACGGAACGAGCUGCGAACCAGAAUUCGAUUAUCAUAUGCACGCAUUCGGAGAUGUGGGCUUGCUUUUCGUGGACGUCCGUGCCUGCAAAACUUUCCACUGGAAAGAGUCGGAGGACGUUUGCGCACCUAUGCUGGGCGCAGCCCAGUGGGCAGCCCUCGAAGAAGCUUUGGCGCCAGGCGGUAUGCUGGCAGCCUGCAAGGCGCUCCUGGCAUUAGUCCCGGAGCCUCUCGGCUACGUAAGCCGAGCAUUCACCCAGAUCAUGGGCAACACGGUUUGCGACGACUUGCUAGGCCAGUGGUCAGCUGAAGCUCACAGAGCGGAGGUACCCCGCUUCCUGAAGAUGUUGAAGGCCUGGCGAGACAAAGAAAGCUCGCCACCAUGCAAACGACAGGUGUUGAUCGUGGCUGGCGAUGUGCAUGAAGGCAUCGUGCCGGAUAAUGCAGGGGCACGGGGGUCUGGAGUCCAAGGUGCGAUAAGAUCAAGAAACGCGGGAGUGUUGCCAAGGGUCUCGAGUCCAAGAUGUGAUAAGAACAAGAAGCACGAGUGUUGCCAAAGUUUCGAUGUCACGGAAAGGGCACUGCCAACGACGCACACUGCUGCUACCAGCUAA